AUGCCGAACCCUUCCGUGGUGCUGGCGACGGCGGGUUACGACCACACGGUCCGGUUCUGGGAGGCCACCCGCGGCGUCUGCUACCGCACGCUGCAGUACGCGGACUCGCAGGUGAACAAGCUGGAGAUCACCCCCGACAAGCGCUACCUCGCCGCGGCGGGUAAUCCGCACAUCCGGCUCUUCGAGGUCAACACGCAGAACCUGCAGCCGGUCACCUCGUACGACGGGCACCAGGGCAACGUCACCGCGGUGGGGUUCGAACGCGACGGCCGGUGGAUGUACAGCGGCAGCGACGACGGCACGGUGAAGAUAUGGGACCUUCGCGCGGGUGGCUACCAGCGCGAGUACGAGAGCCGAGGCGCGGUGACGUGCUGCGUCCUCCACCCCAACGGCACCGAGCUCAUCAGCGGCGACCAGAACGGCAACGUGCGGGUCUGGGACCUCACGCAGAACGCGUGCUCGUGCGAGCUCGUCCCGGAGGUUGGCACCGCGGUGCGGAGCGUGAGCAUCGCGGGGGACGGAUCGUUAGUCGUCGCUGCGAAUUCUUCGGGGACGUGUUACGUGUGGAAGCUGCAGCGGGGCGCCAAGACCACCGCGCACUUCGAGCCCCUUCACAAGCUUCAGGCGCACAACGCGUACGUCCUCAAGUGCCUCCUGUCUCCCGACUGCCGUCUGUUGGCCACGACGUCGAGCGAUAAGACGGUCAAGCUGUGGAACCUCGACGGGUUCAAGUUGGAGCGGACGCUGGAGGGGCACCAGCGGUGGGUGUGGGACUGCGUCUUCUCGGUGGACGCGGCGUACUUGGUCACGGCGAGUUCGGACACGAGCGCGAGGCUGUGGGAUUGCGCGAGCGGCGAGGCGAUCAGGAUAUACAGCGGGCACCACAAGGCGGCGGUGUGCUGCGCGCUGAACGACUCGGCGGUGGACGCGUGA